AUGGGUCAAUCUCAAUCCACCGGCUCAAAGGGCCCCCAAGAGCAACAAUCCGAGCGAAAGACAGAUUAUUACGAGUUGCUUGGUGUCGCACCGGCUGCCACUGAUGAUGAGAUCAAAAAGGCAUAUCGAAAAAAGGCCCUCGAGCUGCACCCCGAUCGUAAUUACGGAAACGUUGAGGAGGCUACAAGGCUUUUUGCUGAAAUCCAAUCGGCCUACGAGGUGCUUGCUGACCCUCAGGAGCGUGCCUGGUACGAUUCACACAGCGAUGCGUUUUUGGGCACCAAUGGAGGCUCUGAGGGAGAUCAACAUUCCUACAACAUUCGAGUCACCACUGCGGAAGAUGUCCUGAAGGUAUUCGCAAAGUUCAGCCCUCGAAUGGAGUUCUCAGAUUCGCCCAGUGGCUUCUUCGGCGGUCUUAGCGAUCAAUUCUCCAAAUUGGCGCUAGAGGAGCGAUUGGCUUGCCAAUGGGAAGACCAAGACAUGGUGGAUUAUCCUCCCUUUGGGAUGCAGGACGACGAUUUUGAAACAGUCGUGCGCCCAUUCUACGCCGCCUGGAGCGGAUUCUCAACCAGAAAAUCAUUUUCCUGGAAGGACACUUAUCGUCUUUCCGAUGCCCCUGAUCGCCGAGUCCGCAGGCUAAUGGAAAAAGAGAACCGGCGCCUUCGAGAUGAGGCUAUACGCGAAUUUAACGACGCCGUUCGGUCUCUGGUGGCAUUCAUCAAGAAGCGGGACCCACGUUACAAGGCUAAUGCACUCAAUGAGGCUCAAAGGCAAGAGACUCUUCGUCAGUCCGUGGCAGCCCAAGCGGCAAGAUCUCGCGCGAUGAACCAAGCCAAAAUGCGCGAGCAUGUCGUUCCCCAAUGGGCCCAGUCCGAAGAACCUGUGGCCGGUAUCAGUCAAGAGAGCUCAGAAAGCGAGGUCGAGAGCUUCGAAUGCGUGGCAUGCAACAAGCAUUUCAAGAGCCAGAAGCAGUUCGAGGCUCAUGAACGUAGCAAGAAACAUUUGAAGGCUGUUAAGCAGCUGCGUCGAGAGAUGCUAUUGGAGAACGAUGAGCUGGAUUUAGAGCCUGUGAUUCAAGUUGACGCAUCCCGCGCCUCCCAAGGCAUAAAUGGUUACGAUGAUGAUUAUGAUGGACAUGAUAGUGACCAUGACACCCCCGUGGCCAUCCAGCCAGAUAGCUCUGUUGUCCAAGAAGAUGACCGUUCCGAAGAUACUGAACUAAAAGGCAAGAGUCAUAUCUCGGCCUCUGGAUCUGAGGAUGAGAAGUCUAUCGAAGAUGAGGACUAUGUGUCUAGGGAAACCAUUGAAACCAGGCUUCACUCAGACUUUAAAAAUUUGCAAGUCGAUGACUCUAUACCUGCGCUUACCGAGCAAUUGUCCUCUUCUGCGCUCGACGACGGACCAGCUACGCCGCAGAUUGGCAAAGCUAAGCAGAAGCGGGCCAAAAAGGCAGCUCGGAAUACGGAAAAAUCUGGGGGGUGGAUUUGUAUGCAUUGCAGUGUGACUUUUGCCUCGAGAAAUCAAUUGUUCACUCACAUCCAAGAAAACCCCUCCCACGCACAACCAAUCGCAGCUAAAGGGAGAAGACGAUGA